AUACAAUCAUGGCCGACCGAUGACUCCAAGCCCUGUUUUUUUUAUUUUUCUCCCUAUUAUUUACUUAUUUCAGUAUUAUUAAAAAAUCUUAAAAGACGUAGCUUAUUUUACAAAAUAAUUAAUCCCCAGUCAGUCUUUUAUGAAUAUUUGAAGUAUAUGGAUUCAAUGUAGUUUAAUCAAAGCCUUAGAACCGAGAUGUGAAGUGUUUUUUUUUCACGUCGUACUUCUUAAUUGUUACUUAAAGCUAUUAUAAUUUACCUCAAAUUUGUUUUAACAUUAUUUUUAAAUUUUGGCUUUAAGCGUUUUGAACGUUAGGUAAAGGAACAUGUCAAGACAUUCCAAGAAGGAACAUAGGAUAGAUUCCGGCCUUGUAGAGAUUAAAAGCAAGUUUGACGCCGAAUUUCGUCGUUUCUCGCUGUCGAGGGACGCGACGACGAAGUACGAAGACCUGAAGACCCUUUUGGAAAAGCUCCACCGCCUCUCGGACACGGCUUUCCUCAUUUCUUACACAGACCCUCGCGAUGGAGACCUUCUUCCAAUCAACAAUGACGACAAUCUAUCGAGGGCUUUACAGACCGCUAAGCCUCUUCUCCGUGUAAUCAUACAACGUAAAGGUGAAAGUCUAGAAGAGUUGAACGGUUAUGGAACAUUCCGUCCAAAGAACAUCAUAUCGUCAAUUCUUGGUACUCCUGGAAAAGGAAAGGGACUAGCUAUAUCCAAUCCUCAUGAUUUCCGCCAAGUCUCUUCGAUUAUAGAUGUAGACAUCGUACCCGAGACAUGUCGGAGGGUACGUUUAGUAAAGCAUGGUUCGGAACGACCUCUAGGAUUUUACAUAAGAGAUGGAACGAGUUUUCGAGUAACACUAGGCGGUGUUCAAAAGGUCCCUGGAAUAUUCAUUUCAAGACUUGUACCAGGUGGCCUUGCCGAGUCUACUGGGUUGCUUGCUGUCAACGAUGAAGUUCUAGAAGUCAAUGGGAUCGAAGUUGCUGGGAAAAGCCUUGACCAGGUGACAGACAUGAUGGUCGCCAAUUCUUGGAAUUUGAUAAUGACCGUGCGGCCGGCCAAUCAGAGAGCGACCUCUUCAGCUGGACUCACACAGCAUCCUGUACAGGCGCAGGACGAGUGGACUCGCAAUUCUGUCAUCCGGGAGUCUUCCAGCUCAAAUGAAUCGGGGGGUGCCUCUGGCGGUGCAGGUGACACCGUUCUCGACCACACCACCGGUUUGGUACAGAGUGCAUCCUGAUUGUCGAAGUCCCUAAUAAAAAAAAGAAAAAAA